UUCAGUCUCCCCGUACUGUUAUUCUCCACCGUUUGGAUUUCUCUCUCUUCGCUAGCUGCUUCUGGAGCUUCUACCCUUUCUAUUACUUCUCCAUAAACUAUUACCCUUCAACAUCAAUCUCAUUGGAAUUCCAUGAGUUUUUCAUGUAGUAGCAGUUAUUUUCAGUUUCCUUCAACGUUUCAGAGAAGAACACUUCAUUGCCGAUGGAAGCAUCGGAGAUUGAAAUGGAAUCAGCGUCGUCGUCGUCGUCAUACAGUUGUCGCUAUUAUGAAUUUAAAUCAUAUGCCAUUACAUAAUCUAUUUCAAAACAUAGUUUCGCGAUUUCCUUCUGUAAAUUCACUCGAUUUAAUUGCUCCAGCUCUAGGUUUUGUAUCUGGUUUUGCUCUCUACCUAUCUCAAUCGCAAACGUCAGUAAAGCUUCUAGAAACUUCUCUUCCGGAACUCGGAGAAUGGAUCUUAUUCACUAGUCCGACGCCGUUUAAUCGAUUUGUUGUAUUACGCUGUCCAUCUAUAUCGUUUCAGGAUAGUGAGCUUAUGGAGGAUGCGAAUGAGAGGCUUGUGAAGGAAGAUAGGCAUUUCCUGAGGCUAGAUAGUGGGAGAAUUCAGGUGAGGGAUUAUGAGUGUUGUGAUGAGAAGUUGGUGUAUCAGAGAGUGUGUUUGAGUACGGAGGAUGGAGGAGUUGUGUCGCUGGAUUGGCCGGCGAAUUUGAACUUGGAAGAGCAAUAUGGAUUGGAUUCGACUUUGGUGAUUGUUCCGGGAACUACUGAGGGAAGUAUGGAUAAGAAUAUUCGAGAAUUUGUUGUUGAGAGUUUGAGGAGAGGGUGUUUUCCUGUUGUCAUGAAUCCUAGAGGUUGUGCGGGUUCACCAUUAACAACUGCCAGGUUAUUUACAGCUGCUGACAGCGAUGAUAUCUCCACAGUUGUCCAAUUUAUCAACAAGAAAAGGCCGUGGUCAACAGUAAUGAGUGUGGCCUGGGGUCAUGGCGCUAACAUGUUGACAAAGUAUCUGGCUGAGGUUGGAGAAAAAACACCUCUUACAGCUGCUACGUGCAUAAACAAUCCUUUUGACCUAGAGGAAGCAACAAGAACCACACCUUAUCACAUUGAUUUAGACCAAAAGCUCACACGGGGCUUAGUAGAUAUAUUGAGAUCUAACAUGGAACUAUUUCAAGGUCGUGGAAAAGGCUUUGAUGUUGAAAAUGCUCUUUUGGCAACAUCUGUUAGGGACUUUGAGAAAGCAAUAUCAAUGGUGUCUUAUGGUUUUAAUGCUAUUGAGGAUUUCUAUGCAAAAUCCAGUACAAGGGAUGUGGUUGGCAAAGUAAAGAUUCCUCUACUUUUUAUACAGAGUGAUGAAGGGUCAGCCCCCUUGUUCUCUGUUCCACGCAGUUCAAUAGCAGAAAACCCAUACACAAGCCUACUUUUGUGCUCUUAUUUUCCACAUAAUGAAACAACAAAUAGCAGAUCAACUCUAUCUUGGUUCCAGCAUCUUACAAUUGAGUGGCUCACAGCUGUGGAGGUUGGACUUUUGAAGGGUCGUCAUCCUCUUCUGGAAGAUGUUGAUGUAAGCAUUAAUCUGUCCAAGGAUGUUACGCUUGUGGGCAGACCAUCUGAUAGAAGUUUUAGAUCAAACAAGCUCUUGAAUCUUCCGAACUCAGAUGCUUUAGAUAGUUGCUCCCUGGAUCCGUCACUGAAAAUACUUGAAGGAGGAGAUAUUGAAGAAACGAUUUAUUCAAGAUGUGGAAGAGAUUUUAAAGAUCUCGGAAGCACUGUACAGCUACAAGAACCCUAUAUCACCUUAGAAAAUGGUAGUGCUGAUGAUGCAGAACCAAGAGAAGAUGAGGCUGGAAGUCCUGUUGAUGGUGAAAGAGGCCAAGUGCUACAGACUGCAGAAGUAGUCAUGAAUAUGCUUGAUGUGACAAUGCCUGACACCCUAACAGAAGAACAGAAGAAGAAGGUCCUGACGGCUGUUGGUCAAGGGGAGACAAUAAUGAAAGCAUUGCAAGAUGCUGUUCCUGAUGAUGUUCGUGGAAAGCUUACAACUGCUGUCUCUGGAAUUUUGCACAAUCAAGGUUCAAAUCUCAAAUUUGAUGGACUACAAAGUGUUGGACAUACUCCAAACGUGACAUCAAGCUCAAUGUCAAAUACAGACGGUGGAAGUGAAACUUCUGGCUUAUCAAAUGCGAAGACGAGGGCUAGCGAUUUUUCAGAUGAAUUUGAUAAGAAUGACUCUAGCAUAGACAAGAGCUCUCAAGAGCUUGUUUCAGAACCUGAGGCAGUGGAUAACGUGCAAAAAUCUGUAGAUACAGGUCAGUCUCAAGCAAUGAGUAGCCAUGGAAGUGAAGUUCCUGCUUUAGAUAACAAUGGAAGUGCAGAUCUUUCUGUAGAAAGAACUUCCCUAACUUCUGAUUGCAUAGAAAUUGAGUCUAAAGCUGGAGCUAAGGUUGAGAGUUCAAGUGGGUCUGAGGUGGAUGGUGAUACUGAUAAAGUGAUUGCUGAGCAAUCCAAAGUGCAGCAUGAUGGUGGGAAAUAUCAGACGGACUUGAAAGAAGUGAUCUCUACCCAACAAAAGGAAGAAAAAAUUACUGAUAUGUGUAGUGAUCAGAACAAGUCAACAUCUUCCCCCCAGAUAGAUGAAAAAACAUUACUUGCGGCAUCGCCUUCUGAGACCAACGCUAUGGAAAAUGAAGGUUCUGAUAAUGUCAAAAGAGAAGAAAGAAGUACGCAGACCAAUUCAAAUCAAAUAACUCCCAAUGCCAUUUCCCAAAGCUUUGAUGUUUCUCAAGCACUGGAUGCCCUGACUGGAAUUGAUGAUUCAACUCAGUUAGCAGUUAACAGUGUAUUUCAUGUACUUGAAGAUAUGAUUAAUCAGUUGGAUGGGGUAAGAAACACAGAAGGUGAAAUCCAGAACGGAGACGGUAAAGAUGGACUUGAGAAAAGUGGAACCAAGGAUGGGGACAAUGAGGAUGGACUAACGAACAGAGACAAGGUUCUUGAUCAAAAUACUAGCCGUAUGGUUGAAAACCAUGAUUUAGAUGAUGUUGAGAAGAGAGAGAGCGAAGUGAUUUCAGAUUCCCAAGCAAAAUAUGAAACAGAUUUAUUUGGUAAAGUUGAAAGUAAUACCGUCGAUUUUCAAGAAAGUGACAGAGAAAACCACACAGAAGGUGAUUUGAAGAGAAAAAAUGUUGUCAAUGGAGAGGUUCCUCCAGAGGAUUCACUUAAGUCUUUGAAUUACAUUCAAAAAACUGUUCCUGUCUACAUGAAUACCAAUUUCUCUGGAGACCCGCUUUACAAAGAAUAUCUUCAAAGCUAUUUAAGUUCAAAGGCUGUGAUAACCAAACCAUUAGAUUUAGAUACCACAACAGCUUUGUUUCUGGACUACUUCCCAGAAGAAGGACAAUGGCAACUUUUGGAGCAGACUGGGAGUAAUAGUGGCAUAUCUGAUCGUGUUGCAGCUGAUGAAAAAAGUCAUGUGGAGAUGCAGCAUGAUUCCCCUAUGAAAAAUAAUAAUAUGGAUAAUGUUAUUGAACCAUCUUAUGUAAUAUUUGACCCUGAAAACCAGAAUCCUGAUGAAGAAUGUGUGACUUCAAACAACUCUGAUGAGAAUGUUGAAGUUGAUAAUGACACCACACAUGGAUCUGCCUUAUUUUUAAGAAAUAUUAUAGUGGAUGCUUUAAAGGUCGAAGUCGGACGGAAAGUAAAUGCUGAAGACCUGGAGGAAAUGCAGCCCAAACUCUCCAAUGAACUGGAACAUGUUGCAAAUUCUAUCUGUGAGACUGUGGGGCAUGAAGAGGAGCUUAUUUCAUUUAUCAAGAGUAAGGACCGUACUUCCGGGAAAGUGGGUACACUUCAUGCAGAGCAUGUUGUACGUGCUAUUUCAUCAGCAGUUCAGGGAACUAGUUAUUUGAGAAGGACAUUGCCUGUUGGAGUUAUUGUAGGCUGCAGCUUGGCUUCUUUGAGAAAGUUUUUUGAUGUAUAUGCAGAAGAAGUAAAUGGCCAAAGCAAAGAGUUGAUCCUUGAUGAAAUAAGUGAACUGGAGAAAGUAGAUCCUAUCCCAACAGCCAGCAAGAGGAUUAAUGAAAUGCAUCCUAAUGAACAAGUGUAUAGAUUGCAGAGUCCAACUUGCCAAGUUGAGGGAGCAGCUGAUUCAGAAAAUUCAGAGGGAAAUGCUGUUAUGGUUGGAGCUGUUACGGCAGCCCUCGGAGCAUCGGUACUGCUUGUCCCUCAACAGGAUGCUGAAACUUUUGAGGGUUAUUCAAAAACCUUUGAGGAUGAGAAAAAUCAAAGCAAAGAAGUGGGCAAGGCUGAUGAGGAAACUGUUGAUAAAACUAACAACAACAUAGUCACAAGCCUUGCUGAGAAAGCCAUGUCUGUAGCUGCUCCUGUGGUGCCUAUGAAAGAAGAUGGUGCAGUGGAUCAUGAAAGGCUGGUGUCGAUAUUGGCGGAGUUGGGACAGAAGGGUGGCAUUCUGAAAGUGGUCGCAAAAGUUGCAUUGCUUUGGGGUGGUAUACGAGGUGCUAUUAGUCUAACUGACAGGCUCAUCUCAUUUCUGCGCAUAGCUGAACGUCCUUUGUUCCAGAGGAUUCUUGCAUUUGUUUGUAUGGUGCUUGUUUUAUGGUCACCAGUGUUUGUUCCAUUUCUCCCUACACUUGUGCAAAGUUGGACAACAAAGAAGCCAUCCAGGACUGCUGAGAUUAUUUGUAUUAUUGGCCUCUACAUGUCUAUUUUCUUACUAGUUACUCUAUGGGGCAAAAGGAUACGUGGCUAUGAGAAACCGCUUGACCAGUAUGGACUAGAUAUGACUUCAAUGCAUAAGGUACAGAUUUUUCUGAAAGGUUUAUUUGGAGGAACCAUCCUUGUUUUGCUAAUAUAUUCUGUGAACUCCUUAAUUGGCUGUGUUGAUUUCCGUUUUCCCAUGGCUCCUCCAACCUCUUCAGCAGCUUUAACCUGGCUAAAGGUGUAUGGUCGGAUAUUUGUUUUAUUUGUUCAAGGAGUUGCAACGGCAACAAGUGUUGCCACUGUUGAGGAGCUUCUUUUCAGGUCAUGGUUGCCUGACGAAAUUGCUGCUGACCUGGGAUAUUAUCGUGGAAUUAUAAUUUCUGGACUCGCAUUUGCUUUGUUUCAAAGGUCACUUUGGGCAGUGCCGAGUUUGUGGCUAUUGUCACUGGCUCUUGCAGGUGUUCGACAAAGAAGCCAAAGCCUCUUCCUUGCAAUUGGGCUGCGUUCAGGGAUACUGGCUUGUAGUCAUAUUUUACAGACUGGUUUCUUUUUGACUUAUUUACCAAAAUUCCCUCCAUGGUUCACGGGGUCUUCUCCAGCUCAACCAUUUAGUGGAGUAGUUGGCCUUGCGUUUGCUUUGUCACUGGCAAUACUUCUGUACCCUGUGGAGCCUCUUCAUAGGAAGAAAAUAGCCAGGAAAAUCAAGGAAUGAAAUGUAUCUAACUUUGUAUUGGCAAAGAUUGGUUAACAUGUAACCCAAAUACAACCUGCUUCUUUAGGGAAGCUGAGAUGUUGGUUGCUUUUGCCGGUUGUCUGGUACAUACUCCAGGUUGCUUAUAUUGUAAAGAGCAAGUGAGAUAAUUGUACUGAAGCAAAAACUGUGGCAGUGGAUCUAUGUUGCCAGGCAGAAAGCUCUCCUUGAGCAAAGUUGUUUAUAAGUGUAUAAAUGAGGCAAAUUUUGUAGCCAAGUGAAAAGUGUAAAUGGGAAUUUCAAGAAACCUCUUUAUUUCCACUUUCUACAUGUACAUAUGAGUAGUUAUACUUUUCGACUGCAAGGGAUGAAACAGAAAUCAUUUACCACUGAAGUUGUACAAAACUGGAAGAGCAAGUUGUUCAAGCUCUAUAAGUCACUUCCUUUUGCUGAAAAUAUUUUCUUUCAAAUUUUAGAUUCAGUGUGUGCUUUGGUAUCCUGUAAAAUACUUUUAUUGGAACACAAGCGAUUUUCUCAACAUUUAAAUGAAGAAUUUAUGGCCA